UUCAGACUGACUGACAGACAGACUGACUGAACAUUCGCAAAAAAUACAACAAUGAUGGAAAAUACAGGAGAAUCCAGGAAAGUCUCGCUACAAAAAUCCGCAGAGAGAUUAACGGAGGAAAUCCAAAGUAUGGCUAAUUAUAAAAAUCUUUACACUGAAAUUCAGAAACUUGUUGCCUCUACCGCGGUAAAAAGAGAAGAUUUCAAAAAUACACUACUGGAGGCGUUAAAAAGUAACGGCUUAGAAACAGAAAUCAGAAAUACUGUGUUUCAUUGGGUCAGAUCACAGGGUUCUUUAUCAGCUGUGUCGGAAGCGUCCACAGAGGAAGUAGAUCUAACUUAUUUGAAAAAGGCUCAAAUUCAAUGGGAACGUAGAAUACAAAAAUCGUUGAAUUCAACAUGUAACGAAUUAAAUGUGCCACUGGCACGCAUAAGACCAAAUGCAGAUCGUGAAGAGCUUGCUGAAAAAUGGAAUGAAUUAAGCACCUAUGAUAUCGAGACAUUUGUAUGUGGAACUAGCAAAGGGUAUGUCGUUAUUAGGUGUAAAUCCAGACAUGCCAAGUUCAGAAAAUUUUAUAAAUCUCGAAGAAGAAAGGAUUUACAUUGGCGAGAAAGUACUGAAAUCAAAUCAUGCCCCGAUAGCACAAGAAUUCUUGAAGCGUGGAGCUCCUCGAGCUCUUCGGGGUCGUCUGUGGUCCCUUGUAUUGGGGUCCACAGUAAAACAGAAUGAUGUGCAGCUAACAGCACGAAAUGACGAUCAAUAUUUUGUAUUCGAGGACGUUUUAUAUAAAACAAUGCUGUGCUUUUCACGUGAUUCAGAAGUAUUAGCCCCAGUUACAACUGAUAGAAGUGCUGGAGGUCAAGUAAUACAUGCUGUUUUACAAGGAAAACCGGCCACUUUGGAAAAUACCUUAGUCUUUCCACCAAGUGGUGUGAUUCCAUUUCAUGGGUUCACGAUGUAUGCUACACCGUUUUGUUACUUAUACGAUGAUCCGUGCGCAAUGUAUUAUACAUUUCGAGCAUUUUAUUUACGAUAUUGGUUCCGCUUGCACACCGUUUCUAGUCACGAACAAGGUAUUGUAGCAUUAUGUUUGCUUUUUGAGAGGUUACUACAGUGCCACGAACCAUUGCUUUGGAUUCAUUGUAGAAACAUUCACAUACAACCAGUAAAAAUCGUUUUUAAGUGGAUCAUGAGAGGUUUCAGUGGCCAUUUACCACCAGAACAAUUGCUUUAUCUGUGGGAUUUAAUUUUAGGAUACGAUUCGUUAGAAAUUAUACCCUUACUCGCAGUUACUAUUUUGAGCUUUCGAAAAGAAAAUUUAAUGCAAGUCAAUAAUCAACAAAGCGUAGAGGUGGAAAAAGAAUUUCAUGCUAGUUAUUUAUUUAUUAUUUCUUUAUGUUACUAAUUAUUUAUUUUCAGGCUGUCUUGGCAGAUUUGUCCUCAUUGAAAGUUGUUCCAUUAUUGCAAUUGGCUUUAUUAAGAGAAUAA